ACCCUUGGAAGUUACCAUCGGCAGCUCGUGCUGCACAAAUCGAAGUGAAACGGUGAUUCAACGCCCCCUUUCGCUUCGCGAAAACCUCAUUCCUUAAAUACACAGGUAUGUAUAACAAGGGUGUUAACAAAUGGCAAAAGCCAUUGACUAAAUUGCGGACCAUUCAGUUGCCCUUACUGAUUACUAUUAUUGCUCUAAUGUUUGUAAUCGUGAUUCUUGGAAUCGAUAGAAAGAAACCCACUUCUCAAUUCACGGUAGUAAAUCAAAUAAAGAAUAAUUUAGAUGAAUCCAUGGUUCAGUUUAACCCAACAGUUGAUUUCUUGAAUGGGACUGAUAUAAUCUGGCAAAUACCCAAUUCUCCAAAAUCUGUCCUCUUUUUGGCUCAUGGGUGUAGCGGUAGGGCUGCUAAUUUCUGGGAUAAAUCUCCAAAUUGUGCCCAUUGUAUUGGUUUGCCUGAGGAAAGACUUAUUGUUCUUAAAGCUCUUGCUAGAAAGUUUGCUGUUAUUACAGUUUCAAGUAGAGGCAAAUGCUGGUCAUUAGGAAAGGAAACAUUGGUUGUGGAAGGAAUUAUUAAAUGGUGGGUUGAGAAAGAAAAUCUUGAAAAACUGCCUCUUGUAGCUUUAGGGGCUUCAUCGGGUGGUUAUUUUGUUUCAAUGCUUGCAAGUAAGAUGAAAUUUAGUAGUAUUGCGCUUAUGAUUGCCGAAGGUGUUUUUGAUCGGAUUGACGAUACAAAAAACUACCCACCUACGAUUUUUGUCCACAUGCCAAAAGAUAAACUUAGAAAGAAGGCAAUUGAUGUAAAUCUUGAAGUUUUGAGGAGUGAAGGGAUAGAUGUUGCUGCAGUUGAGUGCAUGGAGUUGCCAUUAUCGCCAAAUUUUCUUGCAGAUAGAAUCCCAGGUCUUGAUUUGAAGAUUUCUGUAGAGUUGUUUAAUCUGUUUAAGGAGAGGGAAUUUGUUAAUGAAGAAGGUUACUUGGUAAACGAUGGGCGGGUGAUACCUUGGAAGGCAGCCAUGAAUGAGAAGAAGAUACAAUUACCUGAUAAGCUUUUAGUCAAAUAUAUUCACGAAGAACUGAAUCUUGCAUUUGCAUAUCAUGAAAUGACUAGCUUGCAGUCUGAUCAAAUAUUCGAUUGGUUUGAAUCUCAUUUCAGAUGAUUAUAAUAAAAUCUUGAGGAGUGUUGUAUAGACUGCAAACUGCAAAGCUCCAAGUGUUCUUGCUAUUCAUAGCUGUUUGUAGGGAGUUAUGUAAAUUUGAUGAUUGUGGGGUUAGUCUUUAGUAUGUUAUAUGAAUAAAUGUUGUGUUAUUCU